UCGAGUACAUGUGUCUGUUUUUUUUUCUAUACAUACAAAAUUGUUCCGUUUUCCGCCUAGCUCUCUUUUUGCAUGUGUUUCGUUGCAUUUGAUUCUUAUUCAAAGAUUUUCAGAAUGGCUACCAAACCCGAAGGUAAAGGAGAUGUCGAAAUUCAACAGCAAAUGAAUCGAAUUCGAGUUACACUCAACAGUCCAGAUGUCAAAAAACUUGAAAAAGUUUGUUCCGAUUUGAUUCGUGCGGCUAAAGAUCAUGCCGUUCAGGUAAAUGGACCUGUUCGUAUGCCAACAAAAACGUUGCGAAUAACCACACGUAAAACGCCUUGUGGUGAAGGUUCAAAAACAUGGGAUAGAUUUCAGAUGCGUAUACAUAAACGUAUUAUUGAUCUGAAAAGUACAUCGGAAAUUGUCAAGAAAAUUACCGCCAUCGGUAUUUCACCUGGUGUCGACAUUGAAUUCACUAUUGCUAAUUCUUAAACAUUCAACAAAUAUUUUUUUUGUAUAAUUCAAACACGAUAUAAUGGCUAAGAAAUAAAAAAUUCUUUUGAAAAAAAAA